AUGUCAGGAUAAAAAGAGUAUUCAGUACCUAGUCGAUUUCCAUCAUCUAAUAGAAAAUUCAAAUUGAAAACUCUCUCUCAAUUUGAAGAAUCUCAAAUUAAUCGUAAUCAAGAACUCGAACAUCAAUUAAAAAUGGUCUCCAAAUAAAAUGAAAAGUAUUAAUAAUUCUUAUUGUCUUAGAUUAAACUCCUUAAAUUAGUAUUUAUAAACUACACUUAAUAAAAGAAAUGAAGUAAUAUUUGAAGAACGAUAACUCUAUAAAACUAAAUAAAUUGUUAGUCCUUAAAAAUCUAAUUCAACAUCAAAACGCUAAUCAUAACAAUUUCAUUCUAGAAAAAACUCAAUGCCUUACUUUACUUAAACAAGUAGACUGUAAUAUGUAGGAGAGGAGUAUUUUCGAUUGAAUUAAGUCUUAGAAAUUAAUAUAUCAGAUGAAGAAGCCAUUUCGUAUUUUGAAAAUGAUCCAAAUAUUAAGUUUGUUAGAUAACUUGAUGAAGAUACAUUUGUAUAAAUAGCAGAAGAAUAAAGUAUUUAAUGAAUUUCUUAUUAGAUAUUAAAAAGUUACUUUAAAUACAUGAUCAUAUAUUGAAGUUGCAAAACUUUUUAAAGGAAAUGUUUGAAGCUAUCCUGAAAUUUAAAAAGAUUAUUAAAGCAUCCUAUUAAAUGAAUCAGUAAGCUCAACUUAAUGAUGCAAUUAAUUGUAUUGUAGAUCAAACUUAACAAUUAAUGAAGUUUUUAUAAAAAUCAUGUCUUUAGUUGUGAAAGAGCCACCUGUUAUAUAGUGGAUGAAACUAAAGGUGAAAUUUGGUCAAGAGUUGCUCAAGGAUUAAAUAGUAUAAUACGAAUGCCAAUUGAUAAAGGUGUAGCUGGUUUUGUUGCAUUUAGAAAAGAGUCUGUCAACAUACCUAAUGCAUAUGCAGAUGAUAGAUUUAAUAGAGAAAGUGAUCUUAUAAAUCAUUUCAAAACUUAAUCUAUUUUAGCAGCUCCAAUAAUAGGAGAUAAUAAUUAAUGUUUAGGUGUACUUCAAUGUUUAAAUAAGAAUUAAGGAGUAUUUACUAAUGAAGAUUCAGCAUAUCUAAAAUAUAUAUGUAAUUUUAGUAAAACUGUUUUAAAUCAUUCUCUGAAUUAAAAUUAAGUAGAAUCUACUCAAAACAAAUUGCGACAUGUAAUUAAAUACUUUUUAGAUAUUGUAUAAAUUGAAGAUCCAUGGAAAAUCAUCUCUAUUACAGAAAGAGUAUUAAAAAAAAUUAUGAAUUGUGAAGAAGCUAGAUUAGUACUUAAAAUAAAUGGUUCAGUUCAUUAUAUAAAGCAUGGAAUUUAAUCAGAAAUAUCUGAAUUUUUAGGUAUAUUCAAAAAAGUUAUUGACACUUAAUGUAAUGAAUCAACUUUGAAUAAUAAUUCAAAUCCAUUUUUUGAUCCAACUUUAGAUAUAGAUACAUAAAUGCCUGUAAUUACGAUGUCUAUUAAUUAGAAUUCUGCUUUCUAAGUAUUAAAUUUAAAAGGAGUUAAUAAAAAAUAAUCUUAAUAGUAAUUAAUUUAUCUCUAAUAUUCAUAGAUCUCAUAGUGCUUUUGUAUCUGGUUUAGAAUUGGAGAUGUUGGAAUAUAUUAGAUCAAUUUUGCUUAUUAAAUUAAAAUGA